AACAACGUUCGCCAAAGCCAUCGAAUCGAAUCAUAUCGAAGUCAACUUUAAUGGUGGCAAGAAACCAGCAUUAUGUGGUUCCCGUAACCUGGGGAUCAUCAAUUAACUUCAGUAUUGUUCAGUUUUUCGUUGCCCUACUUUUUGCUGUGUUUUUCGUCGGAGCGGUUUAUAUGGCCGGAGAGUAUGUCACCUUUAACAUGAUUCCGGUGUCGGAAGGUGAUACGUUUUCCGGCAAUGAUUCUUCUUCACAGCCGGAGUGUAGUUUGUUUUCUGGGAAAUGGGUUUUUGAUAACGAAUCUUACCCUCUUUACAAAGAGAAAGAUUGUAGCUUCAUGUCGGAUCAGUUGGCUUGCAACAAGUUUGGAAGGGAAGACUUGAGCUAUCAACAAUGGAGGUGGCAACCUCACCAUUGUGACAUCCCAAGGUUCAAUGCAACAAGAUUAUUAGAGAGGCUAAGGAACAAGAGAAUGGUGUUUGUAGGGGAUUCUUUAAAUAGAGGCCAAUGGGUAUCAAUGGUUUGCCUUUUAGAUACAUCUAUUCACGACCCAAAUCUCAAAUCCAUGCACAACAAUGGUUCCAAUUUGAUCACCUUCAAGGCUCUUGGAUACAAUGCUUCGAUCGAGUUCUAUUGGGCACCACUGCUAGUUGAAUCUAACUCGGAUGACCCAGUGAACCAUAAACUACCAGAAAGAAUCGUUCGAUCACAAUCCAUUGAAAAGCAUGCUAGGGUUUGGACCGAUGCUGAUAUACUUGUGUUCAAUUCCUAUCUUUGGUGGAGAAGACCCCAUAUCAAAGUCUUGUGGGGUUCAUUUGAAGAUACAAAUGGGAUUUACAAAGAAGUGGAGAUGAUUAGAAGUUAUGAAAUGGCUCUAAAAACAUGGUCGGAUUGGUUGGAGAUUCAUGUCGAUCGAGCCAAGACUCAGUUGUUCUUCAUUAGCAUGUCACCUACACAUGAAAGGGCUGGAGAAUGGGGUGCAUCCAAUGACCAGAAUUGUUAUAGCGAGACGGAUUUGAUUACAAAAGAGGGAUAUAUAGGUAGCGGAACAGACCCUAAAAUGAUGAAAGUGGUUGAAAACUCUAUUGACGAAUUGAAAACCAGAGGUAUGCAAAUUGAAAUGAUCAACAUAACUCAACUUUCGGAAUACAGAAAAGAAGGGCAUCCUUCAAUUUAUAGGAAGCAAUGGGAAGCACUAAAUGAAGAACAGUUAUUAAAACCUAACAGCUAUUCAGAUUGUAUACAUUGGUGUCUUCCUGGUGUACCUGAUGUGUGGAAUGAGCUUCUUUAUGCUUAUAUUUUUCGACAAUGAAAAAUCUCAAAGAUUGUUGUCAAGACACCAUCAUUUGAAUGUAAACUUACCAUUUACUUCUA